UGGAAGGCUGCCCUCGGAACCCAGACGAGGUAGUGAGGCAAUCCCUUUCCAAAUCCACGGGAAGGACCUAGCAGGCUCCCUCCGGGCCCCACGCCAGAUGACUAGUUUCGGCGCCGGAACUUACAACGUGGGAUUUGCUUGCUUGCGGCUGUCGGUCGAAGAGCUGUGCAUGGUGGCCGAGGGCUGGGGGGCGGCCGGACGCCCCCUUUCCGAGCCGUUCCGCGAGUCCCAGCCCCGCCGGCGGCGAGGCCAGCGGCUGAGGCGGACGCCCGGGAAUGUUUGCCGGGCGCCAUGGAGACCGGGGAGGCCCGGUUCAACAAGCGGCCGCGCGGUUGGCUGGCGGCUCGAGGCCGGGGAGGAGGGCGGAGGCGGAGGGGAGGGCAGAGGGUUGGUGGAGCCGGAGGACGCUCCGGACGACGACGAGAAGGCGGAGGCGGGCGGCCCGGGCCCCAGGCCCCUCCCAGGCUCUGAGUCUCCCGGCUGCGGGCGGAUGGAUGGGGCUUCUUCAGGCGGUGGCGGGAGCAGCGAAGGAGGCGGCGGCGGCGGCGGCUAUGGUGUGGUGGCUCGAUUCUCCCAGUGCCUGGCUGAGUUUCGGACGUGGUUAAGAUCCAACUGGUUGAGAUUCAAUGCAGACAAGACGGAUGUGAUGCUGAAAAUGUGCAUCAGAUGUUUAUGUUUAAUUGGUUUACAGACUGUCUGGGGACUCUUUUCCUGUCAAAUUACCAGCCAUCUGUUGAGUCUUCAAGUCCAGAAAUGGAUGAAAUGUUUGACUGCCCAUGAAAGUACAGGAGGUUCAGCAACAUCAGAUGACCAUGAAUUUGAUCCAUCAGCUGACAUGCUGGUUCAUGAUUUUGAUGAUGAACGAACAUUAGAAGAGGAAGAAAUGAUGGAAGGAGAAACAAACUUCAGUUCUGAAAUAGAGGAUCUUGCAAGGGAAGGUGACAUGCCAAUUCAUGAACUUCUCAGCCUUUAUGGUUAUGAUAGUACUGUUCGACUACCUGAAGAAGAUGAGGAAGAAGAGGAAGAGGAAGAAGAAGGUGAAGAUGAUGAAGAUGCUGAUAAUGAUGACAACAGUGGCUGUAGUGGGGAAAAUAAGGAAGAAAAUACAAAGGAUUCAUCAGGUCAGGAGGAUGAAACUCAGUCUUCCAAUGAUGAUCCAUCACAAUCUGUUGCUUCUCAGGAUGCUCAGGAAAUAAUCCGCCCACGCCGAUGUAAAUAUUUUGAUACAAAUAGUGAGAUAGAAGAAGAAUCCGAAGAAGAUGAAGAUUAUAUUCCAUCAGAAGACUGGAAAAAGGAGAUUAUGGUGGGUUCCAUGUUUCAAGCAGAGAUUCCAGUUGGCAUUUGUAGAUACAAAGAAAAUGAAAAAGUGUAUGAAAAUGAAGAUCAACUCUUGUGGGACCCUGAAUAUUUACCAGAAGAUAAAGUAAUUGUAUUUCUUAAGGAUGCAUCUCGAAGAACAGGUGAUGAGAAAGGUGUAGAAGCUAUUCCUGAAGGAUCUCAUAUAAAAGACAAUGAGCAGGCCUUAUAUGAAUUGGUUAAAUGCAAUUUUGAUACAGAAGAAGCAUUAAGAAGAUUAAGAUUUAAUGUAAAAGCAGCUAGAGAGGAAUUAUCUGUAUGGACAGAGGAAGAGUGUAGAAAUUUUGAACAAGGGCUGAAGGCCUAUGGAAAAGAUUUUCAUUUGAUUCAGGCUAAUAAAGUUCGAACAAGAUCAGUUGGUGAAUGUGUAGCAUUCUAUUACAUGUGGAAAAAGUCAGAACGCUACGACUUCUUUGCUCAGCAAACUCGAUUUGGAAAGAAGAAAUAUAAUCUUCAUCCUGGUGUAACGGAUUACAUGGAUCGUCUUUUAGAUGAAAGUGAAAGUGCUGCAUCUAGUCGUGCACCAUCCCCUCCCCCAACUGCCUCAAACAGUAGUAACAGCCAGUCUGAGAAAGAAGAUGGCACUAUAAGCAAUAACCAAAAUGGGGUGUCAGCUAAUGGGCCAGGUGAAAUUCUAAACAAAGACGAAAUAAAAGUCGAAGGGUUACACAUUAAUGGACCAACAGCUGGAAAUAAGAAACCACUUCACACAGAUAUGGAUACUAAUGGUUAUGAAACAGAUAACCUUACCACUGACCCAAAACUUGUCCAUAUGACUGCAAGAAAUGAAAAUGAUCUUGAUGAUAAAAGUGAGAGACCUGCCAAAAGGCGAAGGGUGAACAGCAGUGGAAAAGAAAGUCCAGGUUCUUCUGAAUUUUUGCAGGAAGCAGCCUCACAUGGAAAAUUGGAAGAACUUGAAAACACGGAUGACUAAACUUCAGAAAUACUUUACUUUCUUUGGAGUAAAUUCUGGUGUGACUAAAAUUUUCAGGGUUGAUGGGUUACCUUAAAAAGAUGAUUUCCUUGAAACAGUUCAUUAAAUUUGAAAAUUUGAAGUGAGUUCCUCACUUUAGGAAUAAGAUUUAAGAAUUCUGCCUUUCUCAGGUUCUUUUACAUUCAAACUGUCAAAGGCCCUCUUAAGUAUACCAAAAAAAAAAAUUUUAGUCCGUUUGAUGACCUAAAGAUAUCUAUCUAUACUUUCUUAUUUGAAAUAUUGAUCAUAAAAUUUCACUACACAGUAAUUUUUCUUUAUUUUGGUAGGGAGGAAUUUUAAAAAUCAAGUUCAAAUUUCUGCUCAAAUCUCUUGUUUCUGGUUUUCUUUAAUUAUCUUUACAAUAGACAUUUUCCUAUUCAUACAAAUUGAGUAUCAUUAUUAAGGAAACCCUUAUGAAUCCUGAAAGUUAUGCAAGCAUGAUUUUUUUUAUAUAUAGAAGUUUAAAAAUAAACCAAGUCAGGUUUGUGUAUGUAAAAUUGUUGACAUCAAUGAUGUCUUUCCAUAUUCUUAUCUGGGCUUAAGAAAUACAUUCUGUAUUUUUCCAGAUUCUUUGUAGCCUUUGAAAGAUUUUUACAGUACAUAUGUCUUGACUGAGCUGUCCUUUCUUAAUACAAAAAAGCUUGUAUAAUUUUCUUAACUUGUACAGUUGGUAAACUUUUACGAAAAGAAUUGAUAUUCUGAGUCUGUCAGCUUUCCUUUUAUUUUGCUAAGGUUUUUCUAAUGUUUUUAAGUGUUUGAGUAGUUAACAAAGUCAUGUUUCUUAUCCCUGUGGUAAAAGCAUUCAUAGGGGAUUAUGAAAAUUUGUUUUGAUGAAUUUCUACUUAAGGACACAGUAGUUUAAAAUCUGAAAUUAAGCAUGAUAUUUAAGUUGUGCAGGGAUUUUUUUUGCAUUUGCUAUAAUUUUCAUAAUUACUUUUGAAACAAAACAAAGGUUUGUUGUCAGGUUAAGUGCUUAAAUGUAUCAUGCUUUCUAGAAUCCUGUUUAGUUAUUUGUAUAUGCAUUAUAAGAUUACUCAUCUUUGCAUUACAUUGACAGAAGGAAAGGUCAAGUGAUAUUUAGAUAUUGGCAUACCCAGGUAGUAACUGCUGGCAGACAACAAUAAUUGGUUUCAUGAGGAGAAAGUGAGGGAAUUUAUAGUUUUCAAAUUCUUCCUGUUACAGUCCAGUUUUUUUAGAUUUGGUGACAUUUUCCCAAAAUGAAAAGAUACAGAUAACCAUUAAUAAACACAGAUAGGAUUAUCCACAAGCAUAGCCUUGUCAGGGUAUCAUUUUAUCUUUAGUGCAAAAUUCUUGUUAAAAAUGUAGUUUUGUACAGCUGAUAGACCUAUAUCCAAACUUUUGUAAAAGAUUAUUAAAACUUCUCACACAGACAUAUGUUUCUUUUAGUUCAUUUUCCACAUCAGUUUAAGAACCAAUAAAUCCUCUGUAAUCUUGUUUUUAAUAGCUCAGUUGUUGAAUGCAACUGAAUAGAGUUUGCACUGAGUAAUUAUUGUUUAGGCCUUACCCCCCAUGAAGUAUUAUCAAGAACAUUUAUUCUGACAGCUUCCUUCUUUAAUGUGAACAGCUUUUCCCAAACAGUGUUAAAAAGCCACUCUGUAGCACUUGACUUCAUAUAAUGUACAUUUACUGUGGAUAUAUAUACAAUUUUCCAAGUAAAUCAAUAUUUUGAAUAGAA